GAUUUGGUAAUAUGGUUGGCUCUGGCGCGUUGAUUGGCGAUGAUCAACCACACCCAAUGACGAAUAGGCGGCAAAGCCUUGCACCCGCUGAAAGUUCAUAUUUUUCUAAUUCUUUAUUUUCGGCCUUACCUGGAGAAACAUCUCAACAGUCGCAAUCUUCACAGAAUCAACAACCGCAACCGCAGCAUCAACUAGGGUCGUCACGUCUAACACACAGACCUGUUGGUGAUAAUGAAUGGCCUCCAAUAAGAAGAUCAGGAGGAACAGAUAAUAUUAGUGAUACAGUAGUAAUGGGCAGUUCGAAAGACUUUGGAAUACCAUAA